AUGGACGACCAUAUUCCAGAUCUUAAAUUCAGCUCGCUGGAAGCAAUUUCCACCUGCAUCUCUACCACUCGCAAGUCAUUCCUGGAGCAUAGGACCCGCGAUGUUGAAUUCCGUCUCGUCCAGCUCCGGAAACUCUACUGGGUGUGCGUGCUAUGUUCUUUCCAGAAUGAGCGAAAUACCAUUCCAUGCAAGAAAGCUAAUUGCUGUGUUAUUUUCUGUAGCAUAAAAGAUCACGAGGAGGCUAUUGUUCGGGCUUGCGCUCUGGACUUAAACAAGCCCCGUUUUGAGACUGAAAUCGCUGAGAGUGGCUGGUUGCUCAAUGACAUCGUCUUCACUACCCGUAACCUGCAUAAGUGGGUGAAAGAUGAGAAAGCCGAUGAUAUUGACCUCCCUUUCAAAGUCAUGAGGCCCAAAAUACGAAAGGAUCCCCUAGGCUGCGUGUUGGUGAUCGGCACCUUCAACUUCCCCUUCCAACUGACCUUGGGCCCUGUUAUUGGCGCUAUUGCGGCCGGUAAUACCGUUGUGAUUAAGCCCUCCGAAAAUGCCCCCAACAGCGCGGUUGUCAUACAAAAGAUAUGCGAGGCAGCCCUUGACCCUCUAUGCUAUUCCGUUGUUCAGGGCGGUGUAUCUGAGACACAGGCUCUCCUAGCCGAGCGCUGGGAUAAGAUUUUCUUCACAGGCGGCGCUAAUGUUGGCCGUAUUAUCGCUAAGGCGGCAGCCCCUUACUUGACUCCAGUGGUCCUUGAGCUAGGCGGUAUCAACCCGGCGAUUAUCAGUAAGACGGCUGACCCGCGCCUGGUUGCGCGCCGUAUGCUCUGGGGUAAGACAGUGAAUGCAGGCCAGCUUUGCACUUCACAAAAUUACCUACUCAUCGACAAGUGCCUUGUGCCUCGAGUGAUUGAAGAAUUCAAGAAAGCAUAUGCGGAGUUCUACCCCCAGGGUGCUAAGAACUCGCCGGACUACUCACGCAUUAUAAACAAAAACCAUUUCCAGCGCCUUAAGUCUAUGCUUGAUAAGAGCAAGGGCGAGGUCCUGAUUGGCGGCACUGUUAAUGAGGAUGAUCUCUUUAUCGAGCCUACGGUUAUCCAGGUAGACUCUGUCGAGGACUCACUGUGCACACAAGAGAGCUUCGGUCCUUUCAUCCCGAUUAUACCUGUUGAAGACCUAGAUGAGGCCAUCAACAUCGCCAAUAGUGUACAGAGCACUCCUCUUGGCCUCUACCCCUUCGGCUCGAAGGCCGAUGUUGCUAAAAUUAUUUCCUCCACUCGGUCUGGCGGUGUCUCUUGUAAUGACGCUGCCCUACAUAUUCCAACCCUACCCUUUGGUGGCGUCGGCGAAAGCGGAUACGGUGCGUAUCGCGGUCGCUCCAGCUUCGACGUCUUCGUGCACCGCCGGCCUAUCACAAGCAGCCCCAACUGGCUAGAGUCUAUCCUUGCCUUCCGCUACCCGCCAUACGCAGGUAAGCUGAACAGGUUGAAUGCCUUCAGCAAGUUAGUGCCUGACUUUGACCGGAAAGGUCAAAAGCUGACUCUUGGCUGGCUGCGCUUUAUCCUGACACUUGGGAGCGGAAGCGCGAAAGCCAGCGCUGGGGGUGCUCUUAUUAUUGCUAGUAAGUAG